AAUAUUUACGCUGCAUAGAUUUGACAUUUUUCAAAAAAGGAAAACGUUCCAAUGAUCUAACGAAUUACGAAACUACAAAUCUACAGCCACCCCAACAUACACAGCCGUAUCAUCAGCUACCAGCCGAUCUAUCAACCGAAAGCAUACAAAAAGAAGCCGCAUUAGUACUUGCCCAGGCCAAGCGUCACAAGAGCAUAGCAGAGAAUGGUGAAAAUAUACCCACAUUUAGAGUGAAAACUAAACGUAGUGGAGACACCAACCCCAAAAAAUUUCAUUCGUUACCCUUAAGAAAGAAGAAAGCUACCACUUCCAAGCCAGUAAGUCGUAGCAAUAGCGACGCUGCUGCCAAGAAACCCACCAAAAGACCAUCAAUUUUUAGUAUUUUCAGUCGCAAAAGUGACAGUAAUCUUAAUCAGGCCGUUGAUCGUGAUCCUCGUUUUGAAGAUAGCGGUGGUAGACGUUUGGUAAGAAGUAAAAGUGAUGUGGGUUCUUCUUCUUAUAAACUAAAGAAAGUCUUAAAAGAUUCCAAACCUGCACCAGCAACUGCUAGCAGUUCGGGUUCUAACCGUCAACUACAACACACACAACUUAGUCCCAUUAUAGAAAACGAUUCUAGAGAAGACUGUUUCGAAGAACAAUUCAAUCGUGAACGUCGCAAAUCUGAUGCUAUAACGGAUAGAGAAAAACAUGAAAGUGGCCUUAAAGAACUAAUAGCUCGUAGUCGUUCGCAGACAGAGCUAGAUGGUAACGUUGUACGCAACCCCAUAUCGGAGAAUAUAAAAGAGAAAAUUUUAACCCUACAAGCUAAGUCACAAGAAAACAUGCACAGUUCCCAGUUGCCAGCCCAAAAGUUGCCCCUUACCAAGGGGCAAACUGUCAACGGCAUGGUGAAACGUUUGUCUAUGGAGAGAUUUUCACCACCACCCACUAUAAUGGGUCCCGCCUUCUCCUAUAUACGACCCAAUGAGGGCAUUACCUAUGCCCAAUUAGAAUUGCAAGAUGAUAUUGUACCUCAACGCUCUACACUGACCAGAAGAGAUUAUACACAAAGAGUAUCACCGGUAAGAGAGUAUCGUUCUCCAGCCCGCGACUAUCGUUCGGCUUCGAGAGAUAUUUUUACACCCGAAAGAGAAAUUUUACAUAAUAACCACCAUCGUAGAUCAGAAGAUCAAACUGAUUUUAUAGCUAGUCAUGCCACAGGUAGAAAUCAAUACUCUCCCAAUUACAAUACCGCAAAUGGUACCACCACCAUACAUAUAGGUGGCUCUUUCUCGCCCUCACCCUGGCAACAAUUGUCACCCCGUAAUCUCAGCGAUGAAGAUGAAGGCUUAGGCCUAGAAACACGCAAAUAUUAUGAAGAAGAGCUACAAAAUAAACGCAGCAAAUCACCUGCAGAACCACCCAUAGUACCCAAAAUCAGAAGCAUAACUCCUCCUAGAGAAAAUGGUUUUCAUACAACCGAAAGAUAUAUGUCUCCAGCUCGUGAAAUACCCAUUAAUAACGAUGAUAUGGGUUAUCGUCGAGCUCGUUUGGAAUCUAGAAUUUUAACACGUAAAUAUGGUGACAAUAAUACUCUAGAGAGAAAUGGUUAUUAUCCAUCGAGGGAAAAUUCUCAUGAACGUGUACUGGAAGAUGAACCAGAUAAUACAGCUUAUCAUCGCCGUCGCUACCUCAGUCCGGAAAGGGAAAUAGUACGUGAUUCCUAUGAACCACGUUUUCACAAACCCGAAGCAACUGAAAUUCUUAAUAAAUACUCUCCCGAAAGAUCCCAUUUGGAUAUUAUUGCCCCUUCUCUAACACAAAUUUCCACUUCUACUCUCCCCAAGACAGAGAAAACUUCUCGCUAUAAACAUACCAAAUAUUAUGAUGAUGGUCAUGGUCACGGUGUUAAGGAGGUGUAUGAACGUGAAACUCAAUUUGAUAAUGAAGGCAAACCACAUGUACGCGAGUCGCGACACCGUGAACGUCUUGACUCAUUUACGGGCAAACCCAUACGUGAAGCUUCCCCUUUAAUGGAGCGUCAUGUAUUGACAGAUUAUGAGCCGAAGUCAUUGGAAUCUCAGUUUACCAGUACGGAUCAGUAUCGUUCAUCACCGGAAAAUAUGAAACGUUAUGAGAAUUUGGAAAGAGGUCUUACGGCACGCCAGAGCAGUGAAGAUCGUUGGCAUAGCAGUUUAAAGCGUGAUAAGUUGCAGCAACGCAGUUUUGAUAAGGGCGACUCGGGUAUUGAGAAUGAUUUCCGCAAGGAGUCCUUUAAUGGAGAUAUAGUCACGAGCAAAUGGCGCAAGCGCACCAUAGCCGAUGACAUCAAGAGCUGUGAGAAUUUCCUCAAGAAAGAACGACGACAUUGCGAGCAUCAACGUUGUGGUAAGCGCAAAGAGAAUUAUAUCUAUCGUGAACGUUCCAUAGAUGACGGCUCUCACUUUGAUCCACAUUUAGAUAAAUAUCCAACGACAACAACAAGCAGUACAUCCGCCACUCUACGACGACGUGAUCAACAUUCACAAACCGCUGCCCAUAGUCGUCCAGAAGAUAGUGCAACAUUGAAACGUAAUAAGAAAUUGGGAGGUUUUGAAAAAGUGAAACAACUAUUUGGGGCAGGUACUGUUGUAGCAAACGAUAAAAAGGAUGUGGAGAGAAAAAGUAUGAGCAGUAGCACCAGCAGUAGUGCAGGCACACAACAGACCAUUAAGUCAAAAGAUAAAGACAAGUAUAUGGUUAAAGAGGAGGAAAUGCGUUCCAGAUAUCGAGAGUAUAAUAGUGGUAAUGGUGUGGGUAGCAACAACAACAAGAACAACAGUAAAAGUAUUGGUGUAGGCACACAAACAACACAUCAUACCAGCACAACAACUACAACUAUUUUGCAAAAUGAUAAUAUGCGCGAACCAAAGGCCAUUGAUAUAUCCAUGCGUCGUCGUUUGUCAACACCAAAAGCUAGUCCUUUAUUAUUAAAACGUACCUCAUCGGAUAAAAAUCGCAAAGAAUCACCAUUAGCUAAACCCGAGAAAACCAGUUGGUUCAAAUCGCUCGAUAGACGCGCCAAAAGUAAAUCUAAAGAAAAGUUAAAUACACCAACGACAGCCGAAACCUCAAGUCUAAAGAGAACUAAAAAUUCUAAACAUUCAACGGCACAGCCUCAACAGCCUACAAAAAAUUUAAGAUUUUUCGGUGAUACCGAUUUGGAUUCAAAUCCACCCACCAUCUCGAAAGGCACCACCAAUAACAAAUCACGUCCCUUACUUAAUGCUGCCCUAACACGUUCACAAAAAUACUCUCAAAGUGCCUAUAAUUUGGAUCGUAUUCGUGGUGAUAGUCCUCAGCGACAAGAUUAUCGUCAUACUUUGGCUGGCGGCACUAAAACCACAACCGUAUCAUCGUCCAGUCGUCAUAAAAGUACUUCUAUGCAUAAUUUAGAUAAUCAAGGCAACGAUGAGAUUGAUUUCCGCAAAAGACGUCACUAUUCCCGUUCACGAGAACUAGAUGAUAUUUCGGAGAGUGGUUCCGAAACAGAAGAUCAACAGAAACGACCCAACGGUGGUUUAAUGGCAUCGAGAACAUUAUCACGUGAUCGCUUAGAUCGUACACAACGAUAUGAUGAGAAUACCUAUCGUCGUAGUAACGAUCGGCCGACAUCGUCGACACCGAAUGGUGGUGACACUAGUAGUGGUACCCAGCAUCAGCCUAGGAGGACACAACCGUAUUUGAUGGGACCACCAAAACCGGCACGUAGUGCUGAGAGAAGAGCAAUGUCAUACUCAAGAGAACGCGAUCGUUUCCCCGCUGAAAGUUCGGGUACAGAGGGAGAAUCUAGUUUACAUAGUCAACGUAGUGUGGUCUAUUUACAUGCUACCACAGUAGGUGCCAUACCACAGCCAUAUCAUUUAAGACGCCGCUCUAUAUCCAGAGAUGAUUUGCGUUCGAAUAAAACCCAAUCGAAAACACAACCAAUACAGCCCAUGACCAGAACUGUUUCGAGAUCAGUAUCAAUGUUGGCACCCUGGAAGCCCAAAUUGAUAAGUGAAGGUUAUGAAAUCAAUUACUCUCAGGAACAAAAUAAAACGAUGUCAACACUGCCGCGUAAGCCUUUGCAAAAUGCCAACUCCUCUUCGACUAUGACACGCCCUAAUAAAAAAUCCGAACCUUUACACUCACGCUCGCGCCGACACGAUUACUCGAAAGAUGAUCAGUCAUCUUUAAGAAACUCUUCGACUACAAGUGCCUCCAAGUCCGCCUUAUCCACAAAUACACGUCGUAAACAUUAAACUGUGGAGUUACUUAAACGAUGUUUUGUUUAGUAGUUUUGUCUUCUUUAAUUGUAGCAAUUUUUUUUUGUUUUAUUAACCAAAUGCAAUAAUUUAAAAAAUUAAUAUAUGAAAGAUAAAAAUUACAAUUAAUUAACGUUUUCUAACACUAAAGAGAGAUUUUAAGCUUAACUUAAGAAAUUUACAAAAGAAAAGCUGUUUUUUUCUUAAGAAAAAAAAGCUUUCUGUGUAUAAGUUCAUAGAGUAAUAAUAUUUAAAAGAAAAAAAGGUGCUCUCUUUAAAAAAAAAAAAAAAAAAACAUUAUAUAUAAUCGUUAAUCGUUCGAAAAUUCCCUUAGCUAAGUAAGCUUUAAUAUUAAAAUCUAAUCAUUUAAUGAAAAAGAAAACAAAUAUGCCGAAAAAGCUCGUUAAACUUUAAAGCUUUUUAAAAAAAAAACUUCUA